CCUUCUGUUACGAAUGCAGUCUUAACACAUUAAUACAUUACCGACCUCUUCGUUCUGAUCCACGCGACCUUCUUUUGCAGUUCGUUCUGUAGCCGUUCUGAACUUGCUUGCAAAAUGGCCAAGAAGAAGGGCGGCAAGGGCAAGGGCAACGCCUCUGAGGCUGCCACCAGCCCCACGACCAGCGCUGCUCCUGAGCAGGAGAACAGCGGUCCUGUCGCCGAGGCCUCCGCAUCCCUGUCUGAGGAGCCCUCUGUCACGCAAGUGGUUGAAUCGACACCCGUCGAGGCCACAGCUACAUCAGCUAGCAGUGGUACUGGCACUGCCGAGGCGGAGCAGCUGCGUAAGGAGCUUGCGGCGGCAAAGGCGGAGAUCGAUUCCCUGAAGGCGGAGGUAGCCCGCCUGAAGGCCUCGCAGACCGUUGCUGCGGCCGUGGACACGGGCAAGACCACAGACCUGGAUGCGCUGACGCAGCGUAUCGCCAAGCUCAAGGCUGAGCAGGCGGAGGCGGACGCCGCGCGCGACGCCGCAUGGAAGCAGCUGAAGAAUGUGGUUGCAGACAUCGCCCGCCUGGCUGCGCCCGACCAGGCCAGCAAGGCCGCCGCCGGCACUCCCACCGCCGCCGCCGCCGUCGCCGCCUUUGCCUAAGCAGCAGGCUGCACAUGCAGCAGCGCGCGCAGGCUGCACAGGCGGAUGUGCCCGCAGGCUGCGAGUGGAUGGCGAACGCAGGUUGCUGAUAGGAUGGCAGGACGGCGGUGGCUGGGGGCGUGUGUGCGCUGCACGACAGCAGUGCCGUCCAUAAGAGCAUAUUAGUCAGACGGUGAUUAAACUGCAUUGCUUGUGCAGUGAUUAGUCUUUAGGGUGCCGGAAAGUCACUGUUAUUAUUAAGAAUGCGGAUGUUACAGAGGCGACAGUCCCAGCACCCAAUUGCGGUUUACGUGCUGUAAGGCUGUGAGGACUUAUUACAAUGGUGGGCAGUGAUGCAGCGAGGAGAGGAAAGCAGGAAACGCCGCAGCAGCACAUUGCGUAUACGUGAGCACUAAGCAAGCAGGACUUUGUAAGGCUGGAGGACU